AUGGCCUCGAAUCCCGAUCACCGUUCGCGGAAGCUGCCUCGCCGCACCUCGAGUCUCGAUCCGCUCAAGCAGCUCCAUCUCCGCAACGCCUCCACGCCGUCGCCCGUCCAGACGCCCCAGACGCUGCAGGAAGAGCCAGUCUUCAUCCACCCAAAAGGCAGCGACGGCCUACCGGGAGAGCCAGUGCCUCCUGGCACCCGCCUGCGCACCAAAUCGAAGACCUGGGGCGCUCGCGUCUCCUCUCUCCUUCCUCCGCUUAUAUCGCCCAACGCAGAUCCGAAUCCUCAACCCGUCACCAGAAAGACCGUCAUGGCGGCGCCCACAAGCCCGCCCGCUCAGCCCUCGCCGCCUCCGCCCUACGACCCUCGCGAGUCCCCGACUAAUCGUCUAAACAAAUCACCGCCGAGGUCUGUGUUACCUGUCGAGCCUCGUGGACAUCCGAGCCCGCCCCGUGCGCCGCAAGGCUUGCCACCAACCCAGACCACCAUGUCCUUGCCAGAGCUAGACAUGGGCAUGCUCUCUCUGUCGACGUCGGUAAAGCCGCAAAUCAUGGCACCCAUUCCCCCUUCCCCCAUAGCUCAAGACGUCCACCCAGAGCAAGCCCCGGCGGGUCUCACGGACCUCCAGAGAGGCAAGUCGUAUGCAUGGGUCAUGUCCGAUGAGGCUGCUCAGGCCGAGUACAACCCGUCCUUCCUCAAGAACGGGGAAAAGGUUCCUGAGCUAUGGAACGAGAGCGGCGCCGUGCUAGUCUUCCUGUACCCAAGGGGCAGCGGCUGCGGCCCCUCAUUCAAGGUGCCAGAGUUUACAGUCAGCUCUUCCUACGUCUUCAACGAACUCAUGCAAUCCGAGCUGGGGGCUCUGGGUGGUGGUAGGAGUCGUGGUCGCAGUUUUGGGGGCCGUGACAGUCUCAGUGCGCAGGAUGCGACACGGCUCGUGUCGCCUCCCAUGUCACCGUCGCUGUCCGAUUCUUCGAACUGCAUGCGUCUCUACCUACCCGCCGCGCCCCCAUCGGGCUCAGGACACCUCAGCGCUCCAGGAGAAGGUUCCAACGCGGAGCUCGACCGCUUGAUUGCUGUACGGAAUCUCUUCGCCUUCCUCACGGGCCAGCCUCUGGUGGGCACCAAAACGAGGCCGACCAUAUUCCAGGCAUUCCUCGAGAUUGCAGACUUGCUGCAGGAGUUUGGGUUCGCGGGCGUGGAGGGAGAAACGUUCGGCGACGCAGUCGAUCUCAGCUUUGGCUUCUACUCCGAGCAGCUGGGCCUCGCAGACUGCCGCCACAGCCGCGAGAAAACGCUCGAGGCCCUCAUCCUGGGAGAGCGAAUGCGAUGUCUGGAUCUUUACAAUGAAGCUUUCGCACACGCCGCCGGGAAGUAUUCGGCCAUCAUGGAUCUGCGGCUGCCUUUGUGGAGUCAAGUCACUCCUUUGACGCGCCAGCAGCUAGAACGAGCGCAUCUCGAUCUUGUCAAUCGUCAACACAACGUCAACGAGCAUCUCGAGCAGUUUGAGUUCCCCUCUCUCUUCGCCGGAAUCGCCAACUCAACGUCCAUCCCCGAGCUGAAAAACGUACGUUUCAAAGUCUGGAGGAACUCCUUCAACAAGAUGCGCUCGUUCCUUCUCAGCUAUUACAAAAGCACGUUUGGUAGCUGGCCACCCAAAGCUAGCAGCAAGAAGAAUCCGUUUGCGGAGAGUGGUCUGAACAGACUUGUCCUCAAGGUUCUGUACUCGGACAUGUGCGCUCUGUACGACUUGCUUGUCGACCGGAACAACCUCACGUCGAGAGUCAUGGACGAGGUUCCCGCCAUCUCCAGCGAAGCCGGCAAGAUGACGACGUCUGCUCUGCGGAACAUCAUGUCGGAAUUUGAUCGAUCCAAGCCACCCGUUCUGCCUCCCAUGCCCUUUGAUCUUCCGCAGUUGCCCUCCAUGACGGCCAUCCACGAAACCUUCAACUCGCUCUCCGCCAAGGACCAGAGCAGGUUCGAAAAGAAAAUCAAGGAGCACGAGAUGCUUCUCAUCCUCAACAAGGCUUACAACUACGACACCAACACCAUCAAGCUCCCAUUCCUGGACCAAUUCAAAGAUUUCGAGAUGCGAGAGAGCAGAGGCAAGAUGUGCCAGGAUCUGGUAGACCAGCGCAUCGGCUAUUGGAUCUUCCUUUACGUUGUCCUGCAAUCACUGCCCAUGCUGGUCGUGGACGCACCGGAUCUGAAGUAUACUGAUGGAGUCGAAUACUUCAUCUGCGAACCGCCGAUGGGCAACCCGCCUUGGGUAGAGGACAGGCAAGUCCGCAAGAUGUGGUACGAAAUUGCGGGAGGCGGUGGCCGCUUGGUUGAACUGUCGACGGACGCCGUCUUGUUCAGCGUUGAAGGCACAUAUCACCGCAGCCACUGUUGGUUAGCGGCAAAGCAGUGGGAGGGCGUCGAGGGAGCACAGGCGCCACCCCCCGAGCCAGCCAUGUCGCCCCUUGAGCCGCCACGACCGAUCUUCCAGGGUGUUGAGGCCGCCAUACCCAGCCCGCCCCCCGUCAGCGGCACGCCGGGCGGACCAGGCACGCCGUCGCCGCCCCCUGGAGGACCUCAGCCAGCACUGCGGCCGCGUACCCUGUCCCCAGGCAUGAACCGCGCCAGCUCGGCAUGGCGCUCGAGCAUCGCCAUGGGUCUGGAGCCUGUGCCGAUGGAGCCACCAAACGUUUUUGGCAGCCGCAACAGGAGCAGUUCCCUCGGCCCUCGACAGUCCAACAGCCAUCUCGGCGCCCGGAGCGUGUCAACGGGGAAUCUAGUGGGCAUGGCGAGGAGCGCAACGCCUUCACCCCAACCCGCAGCCAAUACAGGGGCCACCUUUGACGACAUUCUCGGCGAGCCGCAGAAGCAAAAGUCGAACAAGAAGAAGAGCAGGUUUUUCUGA